AUGGCACCACCAUUAGGAAGCCUGGCACUGUUAGCUGCGGUCGCCGGCGUGCUUGGACAGACUUCGAUCAAGGACGAUAGAACUACCGCGACCGACUCGACAGUGACAUUAAGUGAAAUUGAGACUCCAACCGGCCCAUAUCAGUCCUUUUCGACUCAGAUUACACUCGGCACUGACCUUGGUUCAAUCGACACUGAAUCUACUUCGGUAGCUUCCAACAGCACAAGCGGGGAGUCUACCGUUAAGUCCUCGACGAGCCAAACAGUAACCUUCUUGACUGGAUCCGCUGGAACGACAACAGCGACAUCGGGAGGAAAUGCUACUUCAACCACUGCAUCGCCAACGCCAGAAGUAACCAACACGCGACCUUGUAACAAUUACCCCGAGUUUUGCAGCCGGAAAUAUAGCAAUAUUACCUACGUCGGCUGCCAUAACUCCCCCUUUAUCACUCCAAACAACUUGGCUGCGAACCAACAAUACGACGUCACUUCGCAGUUAAACGACGGCGUACGGUUUAUCCAAGGUCAAAUACAAUGGCCUGCUGGAGGAAACGAACCUCAUUUCUGUCAUACCAGUUGCGAUAUCCUUGACGCCGGACCGAUUACCGACUGGCUCACUGAGGUGAAGAACUGGGUCGCAAGCCACCCAUACGAUGUCGUUACCAUCCUUCUGGGCAACGGAAAUUAUUCGGUUCCCAGUCUUUAUGUGCCAUACAUUGAACAAACCGGUAUCUUACGUUAUAUUUACACGCCACCGGUAGUCCCUAUGACCUUGAAUGAUUGGCCAACUCUGAGCGAGAUGGUUCUGAAAGGCCAGAGGGUCGUCAUGUUUAUGGACUACAUGGCAAACCAGACGGAAUAUCCGUGGCUCCUGGACGAAUUCUCACAACUCUGGGAAACUCCGUUCGACCCGGUCGACAAGAAAUUCCCCUGCGUCGUGCAACGGCCACCGAACCUGCCCGCGGAAGAAGCCAAGAACCGAAUGUACAUGAUCAACCAUAACCUCAAUAUCGAGCUGUCUAUCUACGGCGUUGAUAUGCUGGUACCUGCCCGGACCGAGCUAAACGUGACAAAUAAUGCGACAGGGGAUGGCAGCCUCGGCCUGUCCGCUAAUAACUGCCGCUCCGAUUGGGGACGACCGCCAAACAUCUUGAACGUGGACUACUACAACAUGGGAGGUUUCCCAGGCUCCGUCUUCGAGGUGGCUGCUCAGAUGAACAACGUCACUUACGACCGCCAGUGCUGCGGUAUGAACACCAGCGGAGCGGAAAGAUUACUCAGCAGUGGAUUGGUAUACUCAUCCGCGAUGCUGGUCAUAUUUUGGGCGUUACUAUGUUAA